AUGAAAUUUUUAGCAUUAAUAUCAGGAGGCAAAGAUUCCAUUUAUAAUAUUAUUAGAUGUGUUUAAGAAGGCCAUGAACUUAUUCUAUUAGUAAAUCUAUAUCCAAAAUGUACAAUUCAUUUAAAUUAGAAAUUGGAAUUGAAUCUGAUAGUUUCAUGUAUUAAAGUGUAGGCACUAAUGCAAUUGAAGCUAUUGCAUAAGCAAUGGAUAAACCUUUAAUGACAAGAGAAAUAUCAGGAAAACCAAAAAUUACUAAUUUAGAUUAUUAAAGUAAAGAUGAAGAAAGGAUUGGUGAUGAAGUUGAAGAUCUUUAUCUCAUAUUAAAGGAAGCUCUCCUUACAUAUCCUGAUAUCAAAGGAGUCAGUUCUGGUGCUAUUGCUUCCACAUAUCAGAAAUUAAGAGUUGAGGAUUGGUAAAUCAAUUUACUUAUGUUAGUUGCAAUCGUUUAGGUUUAACAUCUCUUGCUUAUUUAUGGAAUCAAGAUUAGUUUUCUUUAUUGGAUUAAAUGUUAUAAAAUAAUAUGAAUAUAAUUCUCAUUAAAGUUGCAGCCAUGGGAUUGACUUAAAAGCAUUUAGGGAAAACAAUUCAGGAAUUAUAUGAUUAUUUCAAAGAAAUAGUAAGUUAAUAGCAGAUCAAUAUUUUUAGAAUAAAAAAUUUGGUUUUCAUCCUUGUGGUGAAGGAGGAGAAUUUGAAAGUUUUGUACUUGAUUGUCCACUUUAUAAAAAAAGAAUAUAAAUGUAAAACAAUCUCUUUAACUCUUUUAGUAAUGAAAUUGAAGUUAUCUGCCAUGAAGAAAACUCUUUUGCUCCAGUUUAUUAUCUUUUAAUUAAAAAAUAUGAACUUAUUGAAAAACAUUGAGC